AUGCCCUUGAUGGUGGAGGAGCUUCUGGAAGCCCCACCACCCUUUGCUGAUGUGCCUGUUGCCACAGUGCCACCACAAGACGCUGACCCACUCGUCUCCGGUGUCAGGGACUUUGGUGGUGACCCCAUGCAGUCAGUAGUGGCCUUGGGGGGUGCAGAUGACUUUGCCAUCACAGUUGUGCCACCUAUCCUGGAGCACCUACCCACCGAAGUGCUGAUGUUGGAGGAUGACCCCAUUGCCACAGCACCUGCAGGAGAGGCAGCAGCUUGGCUCUUCCAGAAGGAACAAGUGGAUCCUCUCCAGGUUAAACUACAGCAAGUCAAUGGAGUUGGUCAAGGACUCAUCCAAAGUGCCGGGAAAAACUGUGAUGUCCAAGGGCUGGAGCAUGACAUGGAAGAAAUCAACACCCGUUGGAACACCCUCAACAAGAAGGUGGCCCAACGAGUCGCUCAGCUGCAAGAGGCUCUGCUGCAUUGUGGGAAGUUCCAGGAUGCCCUGGAGCCAUUGCUGAGCUGGCUGACAGACACUGAGGAGCUCAUCUCCAACCAGAAACCUCCCUCUGCUGAGUACAAGGUGGUGAAAGCCCAGAUCCAGGAGCAGAAGCUGCUCCAGCGACUCCUGGACGAUCGCAAAGCCACCGUGGAGAUGAUCCAGGCAGAGGGCGACAGGAUCGCACAGUCGGCCGAGCCCGCGGAUCGCGAGAAGAUCGUUGGGCAGCUGGAGAGCCUGGCACGGCGCUGGGCAGGGCUGCUGGGCAGGGCAGCUGCCAGGCAGAAGCAGCUGGAGGACAUCCUGGUCCUGGCAAAGCAGUUCCAUGAAACCACAGAGCCUGUGUCAGACUGGCUAUCAGUGACAGAGAAGAAAUUGGCCAACUCUGAGCCCAUUGGUACCCAGACUGCCAAAAUCCAGCAGCAGAUCAGUCGGCACAAGGCUCUAGAGGAAGAGAUAGAGAGUCACGCUGCCGACGUGUCUCGGGCGGUCGGUGUCGGGCAGUCCCUCUCCUCCCUGAGCUGUGCCACCGAGCAGAGGCUCCUGGCAGAGAAAUUAGACUCUCUGCAGACUCGUUAUGGUGAGGUCCACGACCGCUGCUGCCGCAAGGCAGCACUGCUGGACCAGGCACUGGCUAACGCCAGGAUUUUUGGGGAGGAGGAGGUGGAAGUGCUCAACUGGCUGGCUGAGGUGGAGGACAAGCUGGGCUCGGUAUCCGUAAAGGAUUACAAACAGGACGUCCUACAGAAGCAACAUGCAGACCAGCUGGCUUUGAAUGAGGAAAUUGUGAACAGGAAAAAGAAUGUGGACCAAGCCAUUAGAAAUGGACAAGCUCUUCUGAAGCAAACCACAGGGGAGGAGGUGUUGCUGAUCCAGGAGAAGCUGGAUGGGAUUAAGACUCGCUAUUCCGACAUCACCGCCGCCAGCUCCAAAGCCCUGCGCACGCUGGAGCAGGCUCGGCAGUUGGCCACCAAGUUCCAGUCCACACACGAGGAGCUCACCAGCUGGAUGAGCAAGGUGGAGGAUGAGUUGGCAUCCAGUGGGACACAGUCCCCUGCUGGAGAGCAGAUACCCCAAUUCCAGCAGCGGCAAAAGGAGCUGAAGAAGGAGGUGAUGGAGCACAGGCUUGUCCUGGACACGGUGAACGAGGUGAGCCGAGCUCUCCUGGAGCUGGUUCCCUGGCGAGCCAGGGAAGGGCUGGAUAAGCUCGUGUCGGACACCAACGAGCGCUACAAGUUGGUCAGUGACACCAUCAAGCAGAGGGUGGAAGAAAUCGAUGCUGCUAUUCAGAGGUCUCAACAGUAUGAGCAGGCAGCCGACGCAGAGCUGGCCUGGGUGGCUGAAACCAAGAGGAAGCUGAUGGCUCUCGGUCCCAUCCGCCUGGAGCAGGACCAGACAACAGCUCAGCUGCAGGUGCAGAAGGCUUUUUCCAUCGACAUCAUCCGGCACAAAGACUCCAUGGAUGAGCUGUUCAGCCAGCGCAACGAGAUCUUUGGGACCUGUGGUGAGGAACAGAAAGCUGUUCUCCAGGAGAAAACUGAGUCCCUGGUGCAACAGUAUGAAGCUGUGAGCCAGCUCAACUCGGAGCGUUAUGCUCGUUUGGAGCGUGCCCAGGUGCUGGUCAACCAGUUUUGGGAGACCUAUGAGGAGCUGAACCCAUGGAUUGAAGAGACACAAACCCUCAUCUCCCAACUGCCACCUCCAGCCAUCGACCACGAGCAGCUCAAGCAGCAGCAGGAUGACAUGAGGCAACUGAGAGAGUCCAUUGCUGAACACAAACCUCAUAUCGACAAGCUGCUGAAAAUUGGGCCACAGCUCAAGGACCUCAACCCUGAGGAAGGAGAGAUGGUGCAGGAGAAAUACUCCACAGCUGAGGCCAUGUAUGCCAAAAUCAAGGAGGAGGUGUGCCAGCGAGCCCUGGCGCUCGACGAGGCUGUCUCACAGUCCACCCAGUUCCACGACAAGAUUGAGCCUAUGCUGGAGACUCUGGAGACUCUCUCCUCCCGCCUGCACCUUCCUCCCCUCAUCCCUGCCGAGGUGGAUAAGAUCAGGGAGUGCAUCAGUGAGAAUAAGAACUCCACCGUGGAGCUGGAGAAGCUGCAACCUUCCUUUGAGGCUCUGAAACGCCGCGGGGAAGAGCUGAUCGCUCGGUCCCAGGGAGCAGACAAGGACCUGGCAGCAAAAGUAAUCCAGGACAAGUUGGAUCAGAUGGUUUUCUUCUGGGAAGACAUCAAAGCUCGGACAGAGGAACGUGAAAUGAAGUUCCUUGAUGUCCUGGAGCUUGCAGAGAAGUUCUGGUAUGACAUGGCAGCUCUCCUGACAACCAUCAAGGACACACAGGACAUUGUGCACGACCUGGAGAGCCCAGGCAUUGACCCCUCCAUCAUCAAGCAGCAGGUGGAAGCAGCAGAGACUAUUAAGGAGGAGACUGAUGGUUUGCACGAGGAGCUGGAGUUCAUUCGCCUCCUUGGAACUGAUUUAAUUUUUGCCUGUGGCGAAACUGAGAAACCAGAAGUGAAAAAGAGCAUUGAUGAGAUGAACAGCGCGUGGGAAAAUCUAAACAAAACGUGGAAGGAGAGGCUGGAGAAGCUCGAGGAAGCCAUGCAGUCAGCUGUGCAGUACCAAGAUACACUUCAAGCCAUGUUUGACUGGCUGGACAAUGCUGUGAUCAAACUCUGCAACAUGACACCUGUGGGCACUGACCUCAGCACGGUCAAGGAGCAGAUGAACGAGAUGAAGGAGUUUAAAAUGGAGGUUUACCAGCAGCAGAUUGAGAUGGAAAAGCUUAAUCACCAAGGUGAACUGAUGCUAAAAAAGGCUACAGAUGAGACAGACAGAGACAUCAUAAAGGAACCACUGACAGAGCUGAAACAUCUCUGGGAGAACUUGGGCGAGAAAAUUGCUCACAGACAGCACAAGUUGGAAGCAGCUCUGCUGGCACUUGGCCAGUUCCAGCAUGCCUUGGCAGAGCUGAUGGCCUGGCUGACUCACACUGAGGAGCUGCUUGAUGCCCAGAAACCCAUCAAUGGAGACCCCAAAGUCAUCGAGGUUGAACUUGCAAAGCACCAUGUGCUGAAGAACGACGUCCUGGCCCACCAAGCAACUGUGGAGACAGUGAACAAAGCAGGGAAUGAGCUGCUGGAGUCGAGUGCAGGGGAUGAUGCCAGCAGCCUGCGGAACCGCCUGGAGAAGCUAAGCAAGUCCUGCUGGGAUUCAGUGCUGCAGAAGACAGAGGAGAGGGAGCAGCAGCUGCAGUCCACACUCCAGCAGGCUCAGGGUUUCCAUGGUGAGAUUGAAGACUUCCUCCUGUGGCUAACGAGGAUGGAGAGCCAAUUGUCAGCAUCAAAACCCACAGGAGGUCUGCCAGAAACUGCCCGGGAACAGCUCAAUGCCCACAUGGAGCUGUACAGCCAGCUCAAAGCCAAGGAGGAUGUCUACAGCCAACUGCUGGCCAAGGGGAGGCUGAUGCUGCUCAACCGUGAUGACUCUGGCUCUGGCUCAAAGACAGAGCAGAGUGUGGCACUGCUGGAGCAGAAAUGGUGUCUGGUCAGCACCAAGAUGGAGGAGAGAAAGGCAAAACUGGAGGAAGCACUGGCCCUGGCCACCGAUUUCCAGAACUCCCUCCAGGACUUCAUCAACUGGUUGACACUGGCUGAGCAGAGCCUGAACAUUGCACCCCCAGCCAGUCUCAUCCUCGCCGCGGUGCUGGCCCAGAUCGAUGAGCACAAGGUGUUUGCCAAUGAGGUGAACGCGCAUCGGGAUCGCAUCAUCGAGCUGGAUCAAACUGGGAACCAGCUGAAGUUCCUCAGUCAGAAGCAGGAUGUGGUGUUGAUCAAGAACCUGCUGGUGAGCGUCCAGUCCCGCUGGGAGAAGGUUGUCCAGCGUUCAGUGGAGAGGGGACGAGCUCUUGAUGAUGCCAGGAAGAGAGCCAAGCAGUUCCAUGAAGCCUGGAAGAAACUGAUUGAUUGGCUGGAGGAUGCAGAGAAUCACCUGGACUCAGAGCUGGAGAUUUCCAAUGAUCCUGACAAAAUCAAGCUCCAGCUCUCCAAACACAAGGAGUUCCAGAAGACACUGGGUGGUAAGCAGCCUGUCUACGACACCACCAUCAGGACAGGCAGAGCCCUCAAGGAGAAAGCUUUGCUUCCAGAUGACACUCAAAAGCUGGACAAUUUACUGGGAGAAGUCCGGGAUAAGUGGGACACAGUGUGUGGAAAAUCUGUGGAAAGGCAGCACAAGCUGGAAGAAGCUCUCCUGUUCUCUGGGCAGUUUAUGGAUGCACUGCAGGCCUUGGUGGACUGGCUCUACAAAGUGGAACCCCAGUUAGCUGAAGACCAACCUGUCCAUGGGGACCUGGAUCUGGUGAUGAACCUGAUGGAUGCUCACAAGGUCUUCCAGAAGGAGCUGGGGAAGCGCACAGGGACAGUCCAGGUGCUGAAACGCUCCGGCCGGGAGCUCAUCGAGAACAGCCGCGAUGACACGACCUGGGUGAAGGUUCAGCUGCAGGAGCUGAGCAACCGUUGGGACACAGUGUGCAAACUGUCUGUGUCCAAACAAACCCGCCUGGAACAGGCCUUGAAGCAGGCAGAGGAGUUCAGGACAGCAGUGCACAUGCUGCUGGAGUGGCUGUCAGAGGCAGAGCAGUCUCUGCGCUUUCGGGGAGCACUACCCGACGAUGCUGAGGCACUGCAGGCCCUCAUUGAUGCCCACAAGGAGUUCAUGAAGAAAGUGGAGGAGAAGAGAGCGGACGUGAACGCGGCGGUGGGCAUGGGGGAGGUGAUCCUGGGCGCCUGCCACCCUGACUGCAUCACCACCAUCAAACACUGGAUCACCAUCAUCCGGGCCAGGUUUGAGGAGGUUCUCACAUGGGCAAAGCAGCACCAGCAGAGACUGGAAUCUGCACUUUCCGAGCUGGUGGCAAAUGCAGAACUUCUGGAAGAGCUCCUGGCAUGGAUCCAGUGGGCUGAGACAACCUUGAUCCAACGGGACCAAGACCCUAUGCCACAAAAUAUUGAUCAGGUCAAAGCCCUCAUCUCCGAACACCAGUCCUUUAUGGAGGAGAUGACACGGAAACAGCCAGAUGUGGACCGGGUGACGAAGACAUACAAGAGAAAAGCCACUGAGCCUCCCCAUGGACCCUUCAUCGACAAGUCCCGCAGCAACAGAAAAUCCUUGACUCAGGCCACUCCUCCCAGCAUGCCCAUUAUCUCCCAGUCAGAGACAAAGAACCCCAGGAUCAACCAGCUCUCAGCACGUUGGCAGCAGGUUUGGCUCUUGGCACUGGAGAGGCAGAGGAAACUCAACGAUGCCCUGGACAGACUGGAGGAGUUGAAGGAGUUUGCAAACUUCGACUUUGAUGUCUGGAGGAAGAAGUAUAUGCGUUGGAUGAACCACAAGAAAUCUCGAGUCAUGGACUUCUUCCGCCGCAUCGACAAGGACCAGGAUGGGAAGAUCACCCGGCAGGAGUUUAUCGACGGCAUCUUGGCUUCAAAAUUCCCCACCACGAAGCUGGAGAUGACGGCGGUGGCUGACAUCUUUGACCGCGAUGGCGACGGCUACAUCGAUUACUAUGAGUUUGUGGCUGCUCUCCAUCCCAACAAAGAUGCCUACCGCCCCACCACUGAUGCUGACAAGAUUGAAGAUGAGGUCACCAGGCAAGUGGCCCAGUGCAAGUGUGCCAAGAGAUUCCAAGUGGAGCAGAUCGGCGAGAACAAAUACCGGUUCUUCCUCGGCAAUCAGUUUGGAGAUUCCCAGCAGCUGCGGCUGGUCCGUAUCCUGCGGAGCACAGUCAUGGUCCGUGUCGGGGGAGGAUGGAUGGCCCUGGAUGAGUUUUUAGUGAAGAAUGAUCCGUGCAGAGCACGAGGACGGACCAACCUUGAACUCCGAGAGAAGUUCAUCUUGCCGGAAGGAGCUUCCCAGGGGAUGACCCCAUUCCGAUCACGAGGCCGAAGGUCAAAACCAUCCUCCAGGGCAGCAUCCCCAACAAGAUCCAGUUCCAGUGCUAGCCAGAGCAACCACAGCUGCGCCUCCAUGCCAUCCUCUCCUGCCACUCCAGCCAGUGGGGCCAAGACUCCACAUCACUUCUCUCGAUGUUAUGACAAACCCUGGUUGAUAAACAGUAAAGCAGGAACCCCCGUGAGGGGACUCGAUAGUUCCGACCUCCAGCUCCCGAGCGCCGAGGUGACCCCAUCUGCAGGCAGCAAGCUGAAACGACCUACCUUCCACUCCAGCAGGACCUCCCUGGCUGGGGACACCAGUAACAGCUCCUCACCAGUCUCUACAGGUGCCAAAACCAGUCGGGCAGAUCCUAAGAAGACAGCCAGUCGUCCCACGAGCCGCGCCGGGAGCCGCACGGGGAGCAGAGCCAGCAGCCGCAGAGGGAGCGACGCCUCUGACUUCGACCUGCUGGAGACACAAUCGGCGUGUUCGGACACCUCGGAGAGCAGCGCGGCCGGAGGGCAGAGCAGCUCACGCCGGGGCAUGGCCAAACCUUCCAAAAUCCCCACCAUGUCCAAAAAACCCACCACUGCCACCCCAAAAACUCCAGGCCCUAAAAGAUAA